AUGAUACCCAAAUUUUUGUUACAAUCGAUUUCAAUUCCAGUAUUCUCCUCAACCCCCGGGCAACCCUCACCACUAACCUUAACUGAGACUCGGCCAAAGUCACUCGUCGCGGAACUACUCGAAGACCUAUUCCCUUCAAUUCUUCUUGCUGUGCCAAAAAAGAAGGUGUCGCACUCGCGAAAAUCGAUGCGAAGCGCCCACAAAGGCCUGAAGGACAAAACCAAUAUUGUCGCGUGUCCUGCGUGUGGGCAGCCGAAACUUUCGCAUAACUUGUGCCCGACGUGCUACAGCCAAUUGUCGAGAGCCAGAAAGCGUGACGUUGCAGCCGGAGAACAGUAG